GAUCCUUCUUGUUUUCCUGAGUGAAUUCAUCCUCUGUAUCACGGACAAAUUCAAGGCUUGCAAGCCAGUCCUCUGAUGAUUGACUAAGUUCUGACUGUUCAGAGGAGGUCUCAAUCGAUUCCAGGCUGUCGUAUUCAUCGUCAUAUACGUCAACUUCUUCAAAGAAACAUUUCAUCAAUACGAUGGGAAUUGUAAUCUCCACAAUAACCGGACGUGCCGUUUGAGAGACAAAAUAGUCAACAUUCGCACAAGGUAAUAUUUCUUCAAACAUUUCGGGUUUAGAAAUAUGCUCACAAAUCUCAGAAGGAUUCUUUUCAGUACUUUGAAGUAAUUCUACAAAAGCAUCUGAUAUGACUUCAUCCACAAAGACUUCAAUCCCAAUAGCAAAAUCAAUCAACUCAUCGACUAGUUGGUUAGCAACUAAUUGAGGUGAUUGUAGCGUAGUUCCACCCCAAAGGUGUUUAUUUCUACUAGUUACUGCGGAUCGGUAGAAUGGAUGAGAACGCAUAAGAGGUAUAUAUCCGGCAACCAUGCACGCCACCGGAUUUAUCAGUAAACCAACAGCCUGAAGGAUUACAGACUCAUCAUCAGUGGAGUUUACAACCGCCGUAAAUUGUGGAGAGGACAUACUAAAAGGCGGAGGAGGCAUACUGAUAGGAACAGUGAACAUUUUCGAGACUCCAAUCAUAGUGUAGCCAAGGGGGACAUUAGUGAGAGCAUUUGCAGCCUCGCCAAUCGAGGCACGAGUAAGUUUCUUGUCAUUGACAAAAAGUAGCCUAUCGCCAACUUUUAUACGGCCAUCCAAGUCGACACACCCACCCUUGACGAUUUCGUUGAUUAUGAUGAGACUAUUUCGACUACUUCGAGAAAGUGUUUCAGCUGAAACGGAUUGACUUCGACCGAUAGUUGAAUAGCGACUACCCGGAGAUGAUAAAUUAGUAGAGAUUGUGGAGCGACGACGAAGAGACAUGGCUCGUUUUAGCGUGCUAGUCCGACUAACAGUGCUUGAACCGUCGAGUAGAGACUCAUCAUAGGAGGAUAUAGAGAACCCGAAUCCAGGUUUAUUUCUUUUCAGCAUGAUAAUGAGAGGAACGGGCGACCAAACAGGUUUAUGGGUAAUGUUUUCACCGAUCAGUGUAGAUGCCGAAGGGUAGGCCUCACUAUUCACUGGAGAUAUCAUUUCUUGUCGCCUUGUAAGAGUGCCAUUGUGUCCAACCAUGCUCAUAUCACGCUGGGAUCCCCUAAUCCAUUCAGAAACCUUUGAAUCUGGCGGAUGAAUAGGGAGACUGACAGGCGAAAACCCCGCAUAAGUAGAUGCACUUCCAUCGUAGGAAUCAUCAAAGAAACUACCCGUGGCAACGGAACCGACUUCACUGGCGGCGACAUGCAACGUGGUGCCUGUCUCAUCCAAACAAGUAGAAGCCCCAUCAGGAACAUCUCCAUUAACUCCUUCAAAAGUUUGAAGGGGUCGGGCAAUUACCAACUCAAUGUGAGCUGGAAGACAACGAAGACAUCGAACUACUUCAACGUGUGAUCGACCAUGCAGACGGUAACCAUUUACCUGCAGUAGUUCAUCCCCAGGUCUCAGAUAAUCACAAGAUGAAAAUAAUCCACCCGGAAGAACGGUGUGAACAAAGUGUCGUGAAGGAGAUUCAUCAGAAAUUUCUAGAUCAGGUUCUUGGCCUUCAUGAGUAGGUUCCUCUCCUUCACCUGGAAGAACAGCAGUAGAUGUCGAAGCAACCGCUUUCUUGAGACGGGGUUCAGUAGUUGAGCCAAUGAGAGAAAUACCCAAUUGACGGACAUUCUUUGGACGUAUAACUCGAAAGACCAAAAUAUAGAAGAGAACGAUCUUUAAACUUAUUUUUGCCACGUGAGUUUGCAAAACUGAUAAUAUUUGUAACAUAGCGUGUCAAUGACUUCUUCCUCGCCAUGAUAAAGUUUAUAACUCCGUAAUGCACUGCAGCCCUUAGUUGGAUAAGUUCAUAAGAUCCGACUGCCAAGCACUUAUUCCUUCUAACAGGAGACUCUAUUUCCAUUUCGUCCAUUUCGUCUAAUGGAGAACUAUUUAGAGUCAUUGAAGCCGCUGUCGAUGAGAAUAUUUCAGGAUCUUCGUCGAGUGAAUUUAUUUGAAACCUAUUAUCUGCAUAAUCUCGGGUUGAAGUAUUGGAAGAAGAUAUUGUUGUUGAAUCUGAUUCCAUCAGGCUGGCGGAUGUCAGCAUUGGAAGGCUGUGGCAUGUCGAAGGUCCCAGAGGAUUACGAGAUAAAUCACGUGAUUCUUCUGAUUCCUCCUCCGAAUUUACAAGAGGCCCUACAAUUAAUUCCCUUUGAGUAGGACAGACGCAUAAAGGAACGUGCUUUUCAGUGUUUGGGCACAGUGCUCCGUAAGAUUUAGAAUCGGACAGUAUUAAAUUUCUUUGUGAGAAAUGGUUUCUUCUUCUUCUAGAUUUUCGACGGAAACCACGAGGCAGUGUAGACGAGGCCUGCCGGGAACGCGGAUUUGAAGAAGAAACCAAUUGCUUAAGUUGCUCACAUACACGGCCAGAAGUAUGCCGGAGAAAGGUGAGUUGGACGACUGGGGCCGUUGUUUUUAGCAAAUUUGCUGCAGCCUUGUUUGAAAGAUGUUUCAAGUCAAUUCCAUUGACCUAG